AUGCCGGUCGCAUUCCUCCGCAACUUAUGCGCCCAGUGGUUUCCACCAGCUGCCGCCACCUUUACUGAAGCCGAGGUACCCUCCCAGCAAGGACGUGUGUUCAUUGUCACUGGGGGAAAUUCUGGUGUUGGUUUCGAGCUAUGCAAGAUACUUUAUGGCACAGAUCCAAGGCAAGUCCAAGCUCGAUCGGGCUCCGCUGCUGGUGCUGUGGGGCCAAAUCUCCCUGAGCGCCAACUAAUUCCAUCACAGGAGAAAGCUGAGGCUGCAAUUCAAGCCAUUGUUGAAGAGUUACAAUCCUCGGAAACGCCCGGUCAAUUGAAAUUCCUUCAGUUUGAUCUCAACGACCUAGAAUCAGUCAAAGCAGCCGCAGCAGCCUUUUCGCAACAAGAAUCAAAACUUGAUGUCCUAUGGAAUAAUGCCGGGACAGGCGCUAAUCUUGUUGAAGUGGGCGCGAAGACCAACCAAGGAUUCGAAGCUAUGAUCGGUAUGCAUUGCAUUGCACCACUUUUGUUCACUGAGCUCUUGCGUCCAAAACUUCAAGCUGCGGUCGCAUCAGGCAGUCCCGGCUCAACACGAGUGAUCUGGACAUCCAGCUUUUUAGCAGAGGGAGCCACGCCUACCAAUGGAAUCGAGUUCGACAAGCUUGAAAACGGAACAAAGGAUCGGACACGCAACUAUGCCGUAUCCAAGGCUGGCAACUGGUUUCUGGGACGUGAAUAUGCCGAACGGAGAGGUGGCGAUGGAACGGUGAGCGUUGUGCAAAAUCCUGGCAAUCUCAAUUCCGGGACUUAUGGAGGCACACCGAAGUUUCAGAUGAUGUUUGUCAAUCCUUUUCUUCAUGAGAUCAAGCUUGGAGCUUAUACUGGGCUUUAUGCUGGUUUGUCACCGGAUAUCUCCCAGGAGCACAAUGGUGCGUAUGUUAUUCCCUGGGGUCGCAUCAGACCAGACGAGAGCAGUCCUCGGAAAGAUAUCAUCAAUGCUUUAACUGCGUCUGAGAAGGGGGGGUUAGGUUACAGCAAGAAAUUUUGGGAUUGGUGCGAAGAGCAAUGGAAACCAUUUUGCCAGUGA